UAUAGGCGCCAUGGAGACCGCCAUGUGUGUCUGCUCUCCCUGCUGCACGUGGCAGAGAUGCUGUCCUCGGCUGUGCUCCUGUCUGUGCUGCAAGUUCCUCUUCACCUCGGAGCCGAACUGCACGUGUUUCCCCUGCCCCGACAAGGACGAGCGCGGCUGCCAAUGCUGCCCCUGCAACUGCGCCGAAAACCCCAACUGCCACUGGUGCUGUUGCUCCUGGGCCAACGACCCCAACUGCAAAUGCUGCUGCACGGCCAGCAGCGACCUGUGCUGCUGCUACUACGAGAGCCGCUGCUGCCGUGGGGCCACAGCCACCUUUCCCCGGGGUCGCCUGCGCAGCAUCCGCACCUCACAAGUGCCUCUCCCGCGUGCCUCCAAGACUGCCCUGAGCAUCAGGAGCAGCAACACCCAGGUGGAGGAUGUGAAGAGUCUGCCAGUGAGCAGCCACCUGGUGCACCAUCUCUCGUGCCCCAUGUGCAAUCGGCUGCGCCUGCACUCCUUCACGCUGCCCUGCCACCACAGUCUACAUGAGAAGUGCCUGCGGCAGCUGCAGAAGCAUGCCAAGGUCACAGAGAACUUUUUCAUCUUCAUCUGCCCUGUGUGCAGCCGCUCGCACCGCAUGCCCUACAGCCACAAGAUGCACCUGCCUGAGAACUACCUGCGCAGGCGCCUCACCAAGAGCUACAUGCAGCAGCAGGGCUACCUCAAGUGGCGCUUUGACUGCUCCACCAGGCCCACCCUCUGCUGCUGCAGCCGGCGCAUCGCCUACAAGCGCUGCAUCACCUGCCGCCUCAACCUGUGCAAGGACUGCCUCAAGACCUUCCACUCGGACAUGGCCAUGCAGGACACCAGCACCGAGAACCAGGACAAGAAGGUCUGCAUCCACCACCCAUCCAGACGCAUCAUUGAGUACUGCCACAAUGACAACGAAUUGCUCUGCACCUUCUGCAAGGCCACCCUCCACAAUGGCCAUGACACCGUCAGCCUCAUCGACGCCUGCUCCAAGAGGUCCGCCGCACUCUUCAGCACCAUCGCCAAGUUCAAAGCAGUCCGAUGUGAAAUUGACAAUGACCUGAUGGAAUUCAACAUUUUAAAAAACAGCUUCAAAGCUGACAAGGAGGUAAAGUGAAGAGAGAUCAAAAAUGGAUUUCUCAAGCUGCGCAGCAUUCUACAGGAGAAAGAGAAAGUCAUCAUGGAGCAGAUAGAGAAUCUAGAAGUGUCCAGGCAGAAGGAGAUUGAAAAAUAUGUGUACAUCACAACCACAAAAGUGAAUGAAAUGGAUGGCUUGAUCGCUUACUCCAAGGAGGCCCUGAAAGAGACAGGCCAAGUGGCGCUCCUGCAGUCGGCCAAGAUGCUGGUGGACCAGAUCAAGGAUGGCAUCGAGAGCACCUUCAGGCCUGACCCACAGCUCCGGCUACACUCCUUCCACUAUAUGCCCUUGGACUUCGCCAAGCUCUCCAGUGCCAUCCACGAGCGCUUCCCCACAGGACCCAGAAAGGUGUACCCCUCGGGGGACUCCCUGCCCUCCUGCUACCCCGUGCACUCGGAAACGGCAAUUGCCAGGAAGGUCACCUUCAGCACCCACAGCUUCGGCAACCAGCAGAUCUACCAGCGAAGCGCCUCCUUGAUGUCUUUCAGUGCCCCUGAUGGCAAGAAGUCCAAGAUGGGUCUGGAGGCGUCUGGGCGAGUCCAGUCAGCCACAGCUGCCAAACCCACAGAUGGCCUCUACACCUACUGGAACACAGGGGCAGAAGGCGAGCCUGUGCAGAGCGGCGGAAGCUUCCACAGCUGGUAUGGAUUCAGUGAUGGCUCUGUGAGAACCCCAGGCCCCAUUGUUAUCUACCAGGCUCUGGUGUAUCCCCGAGCUGUCAAGGUUUACUGGACAUGCCCAGCAGAAGAUGUGGUCUCUUUUGAGGUGGAAUUCUAUGAACUCAUUAAUUCCCCACCUAACAAUGUGCAGGCAGAGCUCUAUGGACAAAUUCAGGACAUAAUGCAGCAGAAUGUGGAGCUGCACAACCUGACCCCCAACACUGAAUAUUUUUUUAAAGUUAGAGCCAUCAACAAUAAAGGUCCUGGGCAAUGGAGUGACAUCUGCAAGGUGGUAACACCCAAGGAGCAUGGGAAGAACCGAGCUAAGUGAGGCCUGAUGAAGAAUAUCCAGUGUGCCCUCCAGAAGCACUUCUGAGCCUUCUCCCUGAAGAACAGGCAGCAACCUCAGAGAUGCACCAUGAAAUAGACAUAUAUAUACACAAGUAUAUAUAUUUUCUCGGCACAUUCUUCAGUGAAGUUGUAGAC